AUGACUGUUUUAUCGUUUUUUAGUUUUUUAUUUUUGUUGGCUUGUGUCAUUUCUGUUGAAAUAGUUUGCCCUUAUACGAAAGUGGAGGAGAGCUUCGGUAUGCAGGCGAUGCAUGAUUUUUUGCUUUGUGGUAAAAGAGCAUGUUUUGACCAUUUAAGCUCGCCUGGGGUGGUUCCUCGAACGUUUACUGGACCUUGGUUUGUUGCGUCGUUGGCGAUGUUGCCGUUUCUCUGUGAUGUGAAUUAUGUCGUAAGGUUCCUAUUGGAACCAUUGAAGUAUGUUGUUGCGGGAGAUGUUGCAUGGUUUGUUCGACUGGUGGAGGAUGUUGGUCUUGUGGGUUCUUCUGAGGAGUUGUUUGCGUUGUUUCCAAUGCUUGCUUCUAACAUGUGUCGGGUGACCUUGGGCGUCGUCACCUGCUGUGCUCUCGGUUAUGUUGGUUGUGGUAUUGACAGCGCUGCGAAAUGGGAAAAAUUCAAGAGCACAUCUUCACGUGUUGCCGCAGCCAGGUGCCCUGUCAGUAUGCGGCAUGUUUCGAGUGUGUUUUACUUGUUGUGCCUGUCGCAAUUUCAUUUGGUAUUUUAUGCAACGCGGCCGUUGCCCAACACGUACGGACUUAUAAUGUGUACUCUAGCAUGUGGUGCUACUUGCCGUGGCAAAUACUAUUGGGCAAUUGCACUGCUCAGCGCUACCUCAGCGUUGUUUCGAUGUGAUGUUCUGGUCUUGCUGGCACCUUACUCUUUAUUCUUGUUGUUGAGAGGUGACAUCACGUUGCUGCGUGGCGUCGCGGCGGGCAUCUGUUCGGUGGCUGCUGUCGUUAUCUUCAGUAUUGGGAUGGAUAGCUACUUGUGGGGGAGGUUGGUGUGGCCGGAAGCCGUGGUUCUCCUGUUUAACACCGCAGAGAAUCAAUCGUGGAGGUGGGGAAGGCUGCCCGUAUAUUGGUACGUGCUGGUGGCACUGCCGCGCAGCUUGCUCUUUCUGUAUCCAUUGUGGCUUACUUUAGUGUGCAUGGGGUGGGGGAACAUAUAUUUUGCAUUGCAUAGGUUGUCGGGCGCGGGCAGAAGAGAAGGAACAACUAGUGAAGAACCAUCACCUGCUGCAGCCCACUGUGCGCUUUGGGUGUUUCUGGACACCAGCGAGCGGUACGCUGACUUAUUGGUACCGUCAAGUCUCUUCAUCGUAUUGUACAGUUUGCUUCCCCACAAGGAAGUUCGGUUUUUGAUGAUUGUGUUUCCCUGGUUGCUGGUGCCCCUAGCGGCGGCUGGUACACGCCUAUGGGACGAGUGUUUCGCGCGGCCACUGUCAUCUUGCACAUUGGAGGUGACAAAAGGAAAGGGAAUUGUACAGGGGCGUGCUACGCUAGUAAAGUGGAGGAAUGAGGGUGCAAACCUGCGCAGCAGAGGAGAUGGGAAGGGUGGUUUUAAUGUCAGGCCGAGGUGGUUUCUUGCUUGCUUAACCCGGCGCUCUGUCAUCGCAUCUUUGAUAGUCCUCUUGUACACUGUGCAGCUCGCGACCGUUUUGCUUUCUGUGUACUUGAGCGCUGAUAAUUACCCGGGGUCCGAGGCUCUACGACGUCUUCACCACGCUGUAGAAAAAGAUGUUAGGAACUCGUCCUCGUGCCUAAGUCGGCGCCUAACCACAAGAACGAACAGGAGCAACUCUAUUUCUGUCUUCAUUGACGCCUAUGCAGCAAUGACUGGAAUCAGCCGCUUCCAGAAGGUGCAUAAAAUACAGAGGCGGAACCCCACAAAUAGCACAUUUGCAACCGCUGGCGCUUCACAGCAGGUGUCGGAUCGCUUUGUUAAACUUUUGACAUUUCCUUUCCGCGCGCUAAUGAGUGUCGGACGAUCAAUAGUUGUUGGCGACACUGGGCUUCAUGAUGAAGAAUUGUUUGGGACGGGCAAUGUGCCAUCCCCCGCUGUUGUUAGUGGUGGCGAUAGCAGCCGCACAGAGGUAUCAGAUGCCUUCAGUCUUUCGAUAUUGCUUCAGAGACGCGGGCUGGAGAUGCAAUACAUUAAGGAAGAAAUACGAUUUGACGAAACUAAUGACUUGUACAACUCUGAAGGCAUAGAUUACGUGAUUUCGCGGUACUCGCAGCGGGAGCUUCACCGCAAGCACGGGGAGUACAAUGAAAUCGCAGUCGUGCAUGAGUCCAAUAGACUGCAUAUGCUCAAAUUGCGGCUUAUGCAGUUGUUUUGGUUGCGGAAACGACAUGAGGUUGCGGACCAGGCGGACCCGGAGGGAAAACCUUUCCUUAUUGCCCUUGGUCCACGAUGUUGA